AAGAGGGGCGUAUCCGGUCGAGGAGGAGGAAGAAGAGGAUGAGGUUGCCACAGGAUACAGCUGAGCCACGAAACAGCUGAGUCAGAGUCACAAGGAGGAGCCACACCAGCAGCUUACUCUGUCCACUUCCAAGGAGAUUCUUUUGACACCUGUGCUUCUGCUGCUCAGGCAAGGAUGUAUGCUCUAGUGACGGUGGUGGCGCUCCUGCUGGUUGGGUCCAGAGCUGCGCCGGCUGCCGAUGAAAUAAAAAACCUGCCUGGCCUGAACCAUGACAUUUCCUUCAAACACUACAGUGGAUACUUGAAUGGGGUGGAAGGGAAGCACCUACACUAUUGGUUCACUGAGUCAUCCCGUGACCCUGUGAAUGACCCAGUGGUGCUGUGGAUGAAUGGUGGCCCCGGUUGCUCAUCCAUGGAAGGCCUCCUGGCUGAGCUGGGCCCCUACCUCAUUAAUCCCGAUGGCAAGACACUGAGGAAGAAUAAGUACGCAUGGAACACCAUGGCAAAUGUGUUGUUCCUUGAGGCCCCAGCUUGUGUAGGGCUGUCUUAUGAUGACAAUGAUAACUGCUCAACUGGAGAUGACGAGACUUCACUGGGUAACUACCUUGCCCUUCAAGACUUCUUCAAGAACAAGUUUCCAGAAUACAGAAACAACAGCUUUUUCAUCACGGGAGAGUCCUAUGGAGGCAUCUAUGUGCCUACCCUGGCCGUGAGAGUUCUGAAAGGACAGGAUCAGUUCCCAAUCAAUCUGCAAGGUUAUGCCAUUGGUAAUGGAUUGUCCAGCUAUGAACUCAAUGACGAUUCAAUCAUCUUCUUUGCUUACUACCACGGCCUCUUUGGUGAUGACCUUUGGACCCGCCUGGUGGAGCACUGCUGCACCGGUGGCCGUCCCACCAGACAAACCUGCAACUUCUCCAACUCCAAGUGGCCGAUGUGUUCCCAGGUGGUCCAGAAAGCCUCCGACAUCAUCUACAACGAGGGACUGAACAUGUACAACCUGUAUGACAAUUGCCCACACACAACGGCAGGCAAGUUUUCCCGCCACGAAGCAGACCUGUCAAACAUUCUGAGGCAGCACGACUUCCACAGCACCUUGAUGCUCAGGGCAAAGAACAAAAAACCUGUUCAGCUGGACCCUCCCUGCACCAACGGGACAGACCUCCUCAUGUACCUCAACACUCCUGAGGUGCGCAUGGCCCUCCACAUCCCACUGGACGUCAAGAAGUUUGAGCUCUGCAAUGACGAGGUGAACUUCAAAUACCAGCGUGAGUACUCCACCAUGAGGCCCCAGUACGAGUUCCUGACGAGCCGGGUGCGAGGACUCAUCUACAACGGAGACAUCGACAUGGCCUGCAACUUCCUGGGAGACGAGUGGUUUGUGGAGAGUCUUGGUCUUCAGGUGAAGGAGGGCCGCAGGAUGUGGCACCAAGGAGGUCAGGUCGGAGGCUUUGUUAAGCGCUUCACCAAUCUGGACCUUGUGACCGUGCGCGGGGCGGGACACAUGGUGCCCGAGGACAAGCCAGCACCCUCCCUCCAGAUGAUCACUUCCUUCCUGUUCAAUAAGCCGUACUAGGAGGGGGGCUGCACACACUGCAAAAUGCUUGUGAUCCACUGGUUGUGAGUUCUUGAUAGGUUCUUUAUAAUUAGUUACAGUGAAGUUUGAUCGCAAGGCACCAUUAUUUUAAUUUUGUUUUAUAUUGUUAAAAAUCAGCAAUACUGUGUUAAUGACAAUUCAUAUAAAUGCUAUUUUUACUAUUUUCAUGACAAUAAGAUCUUAUAAUCCAAAGAAUACUCAAGUGUCUACUUAGGCCCAGUUUCAAGAACUUAUCAUUGUGUCCCCGGCAGGGCAUCAGUAUUGAACGUAACAUAAUGGUUGUAUGAUCUCUGUUUUGUGCCCAGCAUCAUGUGCACCGUUGGGUGCCCGGGUCAGAUCUCCAACCUCUGGGGUGCCUGGUGAACUUCUUGGCACUCACCAGAUGGUAAACUCAGUGGCUGGGCACAAAAUGCCACAUCAUGUGCACAUGGCAAAUGUUAAAUUCAUGAAACUGGUUAAACAAAUGUACUCUGUCUUGAUAUUACUUAGAAAUUAUCCGGGUCAUUUUCAUGACAAAAGAUGUCUUGUAAUGCUAAGGAUAUUCAAGUGUUAACUAACUACCAACCAGGUGAGCAAAUGUACUCUACUAUUAGAUUUAUUAUUUUUAUUAAAAAUUUCAAGUUCAUAACUCCUUAUGCUAAGAAUACUUAAGUGUCUGGCAAUGCUUGGUUCUUACUUGUUAGCAAACAUUACUGAAAACAACCGCUGUACUUGAGAUUAAUAAAUUUUCCAUAAGUU